UUUAUGUACUGUCAUUUCAAAUUAUUUUUAUUUAUGUUAACUUAAAAUACCUCAUAAUUCCAUAAAUUCAAUGUACUAAUUAGUUUUAGUUCUAAAAUUAUUAAAUUACUUGUAUUAUUAAAUUAGUUGUACAAUGGCAGCAAAAGUAGCAGAUGUACUAAAACCUGUUUCCUGGUUAAUUGGAACAUGGAAAUCCGUUAAUGCUUGUUCUAUGUUUCCAACUAUGAAAGAACCUAUAAAAUACCACGAACUUUUAACAUUUUCUAUAAUUGGUGAGCCUUUUCUGAUAUAUAAUUCAAUAACAUGGGAUGAUAAAAAUACGAAAUACAUGCAUAUAGAAGGCGGCCACUUAAGAAUAAUGGAAGAUGGAUGUAGUGUCUCCUUGUUAACAUCGCAAAAUUUUGGAAUUUGUUCCGUGGAAGAUGGUAAGGUUGAAAACAAUUCUAUAAAGUUUGAUGCAUCUGUUAUAUCCCAUUCGAAAUUCUGCCCAAAGAAGGUAUGUGGAAUUAGAAGGUGUUUUUGUUUAAAUAAAGAAGGGAAAUUGGAAUAUACAAUGUGUUUGCAAACACCAGAAGUACCACUUACUAAACAUUUAAUAGUCUGUUAUGAAAAGUUAAAUACCAAAACCAAAAACCAAAAGAAGAAGUGUUAAAUAUUCCUCACAAUAUUUUUUAUAUUACUGUAUUACUUUUUUUUGUUUUCAGACAAUACUUAUUUUUCUUUCCUAUUUCUUUCUCUAAAUAAAAUAUUUUAUAUUCAA